AUGGAACACAUACACCCAAUGAGUAAAGGGCGUGGAAUGGCUUGCAUCGAGAUCGAACAUGCAGAGAUGUUCGCUCGAGCUUUCCCAGGCGGACGACCUGGGAGGGCGCAUGGAAAACCUGGGGAUCAUGAGCGACUAGAACGUCCCGGCGAACCUGGAGUUAACCUGGGCAGAGACUGUGGAUGGGAUACAAAACAUGGAUGA